UACGACUGCCAUGUGGUUCUGCAUGCUUCUACUUCUAGACAUCGGAAAUGUAGAAGGUAACGCUCCCAAUAUCGACUACUCCCACAACAUGAGAGUGCUCAAGCUUCCUAAAGAAACGCCGAUCGGAACCAUCGUGUACCGACUCAAAGGUUCCGACGCCGACUCAGACGUGCUCACCUUCGGCGCUCAGGACGCCGUGGGUAAGGCACUCUUUCAGUUCCGAUCCGUCCAGUUCAGCCAGGCCGACGUGAUUCUCAAGAAAGCUCUCACGGAAGAAGAAUAUACGAUACGACUCUUCGUCACAGAUGGUGUGGAGACAACUGAGGUAGAAUCGACAAUCAUCGUCACCAACGGCACAGGACUUCCGCAUCCUUUCGUGGAUUACAGCACGUUAUUGCGGGUGCCAGAGAACACGAAGGUCAACAGCAGCAUCGGAUACGUGACGGCGAGAGAGCGUGAAAACAGCAACUUGCCGGUGACCUUUGAACUCAGGGGUUCCGACAAGUUCAAGAUCCGUUACGAGUUUGGUCCACGCGGCACAAGCAAGGCAGUGAUCCAACUCAUCGAGCUUCUCGACUACGAGACCCGUAAAGUGUACGAACUCGACAUCCUCGCGCUGAACGCGUGGACGGACGAGCGCUACGACACGCGCAACGUGGCCGUGCUGUCCAUGGCCGUGGUGGCUCAGGACGUGCCGGACACCCCGCCGCACUUCCUGGACGUCCCGCCUGUCGUCACGGUUUCGGACUCGGCACCACCCGGUACAAGCGUCCUGAAGCUUACAGCAGUCGACGGUGACUACGGCAAUCCCAGAAACUUGACAUAUCUGCUCGACAAAGAGAACCCAUGGUCAAGCCACUUCGGCGUCGACCCGCAGACUGGCGAAGUGAAGACGACUCGACCAAUAUCGGAGUUGGCCGAUAAGUACGGUGGCACGGCGGUGUACAUCCUCAAAGUCAUGGCGCGGGAGAGCUCCGGCACUGCCGAGUAUCCUGAGCUGGAGGCCUCCACCCAGCUGGCCGUGGUCCUCAUGUCGCGUGAGAACCACGCGCCCUCGUUUGCCAGCGGACCGUACGUGGGUUUCGUGGCCGAGCACAGCGCUGCCUCGACGGCUGUGCAAUGGGCGCCCGGAGUGCUGCCCAGGGUCUACGAUCGCGACCAGGGAAGAAACAGUACAUUCAGGUUGUAUUUGGAUGGCGAGGGGGAGACCAUUUUCACCAUCCACCCGCAGUCGGCCUCGCGGGAGGCCGAUUUCGCCAUCUUGGUUCAGGACUCCUCCAAACUGGACUACGAGGUUGCCGAACCAAAGUACGUCGAGUUCACGAUCGUCGCGGCCGAAACCGAAGCUGUGCAGCCUCUGACGUCGUCCGUGACUGUGCGAGUGAACAUCGUGGACACAAACGACCACGCCCCCAUGUUCACCAGUGACAUGUACGAGGUGGUUGUAGCCGAAGACGCCAGGCCGGGCACCGUCAUCACUGCCGUCACUGCCACUGACCCGGACACUGGAAGUUUUGGCACAAUCAAGUACACGUCUUUGAAUGGGCCCAUCGCCAGAAACCUGAAAUUGGACCCAGACACGGGCCGUGUGACUCUGGUCUCGUCCGAGGGUCUCGACCGCGAGUCGGUGCCAGAGUACGUGCUCACUGUCGAGGCGCAGGACGGUGGAGGGCGGCGGGCUUCGACGCAGCUCCUGGUACGCCUGGGAGACGCCAACGACAACGCGCCUUCGUUCAGGCAGCCCCGUUACGACGCCGUACUCACGGCAGACCUGGCGGACUUUGCGGAGCCUCUCAUCGUCCAGGCGACGGAUGCCGACGCGGCCGGCCCCAACAGCAACGUGACGUACGAAAUCGUGAGCGGCAACUACGAGCAGAAGUUCCGCAUCGACCCCGUGUCAGGCGCCGUCAGCCUCACGGCGCCCCUGUCCGCUGCUCGAAUGGGACUGCCCCUGGUGCUUACAGUGCGAGCCCACGACCAGGGCAUCCCCGUGCGCUCGGCGUCGGUGCCGGUGCGCGUCCACACGCAGGAGUACCUGAAUAGAUCAAUAGUUGUUGUCCUGCCAGGAAGUGAAGAUCAGGUGCGGCCCAGGAAGGAAAAUAUUGAAAGGGGUCUCUCUGAUUUGCUUGGUGCCAACGUCAACAUUUACUCAAUGAUGCCACACAACGGAUCCAAAAAUGCGACUGUUGCCAGAGGCUGGGCCGUUUAUGAGUCACAGCCCAUCGACCUCGUCUCUUUCGGAAAAAUCAUGAGCAACUUGUACGGAAUGAACUACGAGCAGAUGUCCGUGGAGCGGGAAACGUUGCUCCUGAAGCGGUCGGGCAACGACCGCGUCUUCUGGAUCCUGCUCAUCGUGCUCAUACUCAUCAUACUGCUGCUGCUCCUGAUUAUGCUCUGCUGCUGCUGGAAAUACUUUCUAAGGAACCAGCGGCCACGUUCGAGUAGCAAGGUGUCUCCGGCGAGAUCUGCGGGAGCAGCCAUGACGGAUCAGUCGCACCGCGAGCGGCGCUCGACCACGGACAAGGCGACGGCUGUUAAUGGAAGCGUGCCCAGUGGCCGCCGUGCCUGGCAGGCCGAUGGCGGCAGCCCCCGACCUGGAGACGGCAAUGCUUCCCAGUCAGUUGCUGUCGGCACUACCGCUGGGCUAGACGAGGCUACCCGCCAAGGCGGCACCGUGGAGAAUCCGCCGCGGGGGCGUCCCGCGAGUCGCGACCGCCUGCUGCUUCACGGCUCCAGCCUUGACGCCGAUGCUGUCGUGCACGCUGGUGAAGGAGGGGGCCGCCGGUUGGGCGACUUCCUCGUGGUGCGACGCGAUGCUGCCCCCGCCAGGAGACGUCGUCGUGAUGAGGCCACUGACUCGGACGCCGACCUUUACAGACGCGCUCCGUCGUCACCAGUCAGCGACACCUUCGGCACCACGCGGAGCGUCGAGUACAGUGGAGGCUCGGUGGGAGGCGUCGCGGGCCCACGCAGAACCGAGAUCCUCUACAUUCGGAGCCCUCCACCAGACGUCGCUAGCGCCGCGGGCGACUACCAGGAAGACCCGUCGUCACGUCGUCGCCGCCGCAUCCGCGAUGAAGAGGCCGACGACAGCGGAAACAUCCGACACCGCGCCGCCGCGAACCGCCGCGAAAACGCUCGCCGUGUCAGGUUCUCCCGGUACCACAAGGUGGACGGCGCGUCCUUUGUUUUGCAGUCACACUCACCAGACGGCGUUGAGGAUGUAGCGUCAUCGACGUCGGUGCUUCCCCGCGAUCAGGUUUGGAUUGUACCGCAGGAACCGCGGGGUACGACACAACGUGACGCUGUGCCCUAUGAAGAGCCCAUUGGGAGACCAGUACCGGCUGCUAGGAACGCGCGCCUGCGGGCUAUGCACCGUCGGUCCGGCGGCGACAGCCAAGAGCUAGAAACGAGCGAUUUUGGCGAGUCCUUCGAAGAGUGCGAGCUCCGGUCAAAAAACAUCGUCGCUAAUGAUCUGCCUCAAGUCCAUGGCGGUGAAGCGGACGGCCCCUCGUUUUCACGCGUAGCCGAAUCAUCAUUCCAGGGCGAAAGUGUCCUAAAGCAGCGAGCCGUCAGUCCGAGCAAGGCACAGGUGCCCUAUGACGCCCGCGCGAGUACUGUGGUUCAGCAACAUAUGCAUGUUAGCCGACCAGAGGAAGGAACGAGAUCAGUUCAAGCUGGCGAAAUUGGCCAAGCGUUGAAUUUGGGUGCGCAAGGGGCAGGACUACUUAGUCAGACAUCAGGAGUAAAGGAUCAGACUUCGUCCGUGACAGUUUCUCAGGUGCAAGGAACUGUCAGUUCAGGCACGUUGACGCAAGUCACAACGUUGACAACUAAUGCACGACAGCAGCAGUUACCGCAAGAUACCCGUAUGGGACAACCUUCACUGGUCCCUGGUGUCGGUGAACCAGCUACUUUGCAAGCGCCUGUAAGUUACGCGAGUGGUGAGGCAAAUGUAGGUGCUUCAACAGCAGAACGCGCUGAUGUGUCACUCCAGUCUCACGUUUCGCAAACUCAUCACAUUCAGCAGGAUACCACACUCGCCCAGGCUGCAUUGCAUCCGCUCGGCCUCCAAGGCCCCCAGCUAGUUGCCAUAGCCGGGAUGUCACCCGUAUUCUUCAGCACACAGCUUCCCGGCACUCAAAUGAUUUCUCAGCCCAUCGAUGUUGCACAACCCAACUACCCUCAGGCACCUGCCCGUCAUCAGCCUCCCGCGUCCACGUCGACGUACUAUACCACUGUUCAGAGCACAGAAUCACUAAGUCAGCGCCAACAAGUGCCAUUUGUACCGUCCCAUGUACACGCGGAACGACAAGAGCGUGCUGCAGUGCAGCGUGAACAUGAUCAAGUGUUGUCAGCAAACGCCGAAAGCACGACCGAACACAUCGUAGCACAAGAUCAAAUCACUCACGGUAAGUUAGCGGGAACAGUGUCGAGCACAGUGAUUGUAGAUAACCGCGAGGGGCCAGCGGCAAGUGGUCAGGAGUUUUCAGUGGUGUCGGUCCCUGCUGGUGCCUCGCACGAUGAACCUGGUAAGAGCAGGUUAGAAGUGCCGCGGCCCACUCGUGCAUCUGGCCAGGCGGUGGAUGCUGAAGGUUCUCCGAGGCACCAAGGCUUCUCCACCGUCAAGAUCACCACGAAGGUCGUCACGACGGACGGUAGCAUCGUGCACGAAGAUUCGGCAACUCAUGCCGGCGCAGCAAGCGACUCGGAGAUGGAGAUGAUCGAGCGUGAUCUAAAGACAAGCUUGAGAAAGUUGGAUGAGUCGGAACAGGAUGAUUCUGACUCGGGCAUUGGGCCCGGUGCUAAGAACCUGCGUCUUAAGAAGAAUGCGUUCAUCGAAAAGAAGAGCCUUUUCACCAUUGCCUACGACGGUGUCAACACGGAACGGAUCCGAACGUGCCUAGGGAGCAGUUCGCCUUCACCCUGAGCCAGUAGCAGUGCGAACUGUCCUACGCCAACUGUAGCGUAGAUUUUUUCUACCUCGCUUGUGCUUUCCUUUUGCCCGCGGGUCACUUUUCCACGAACGGUAGAGUCUCUUACCUAUAGAAACUAGGGCAUCAUUAUACGCAAUCUCUCGUUUACCUGCUGACCUUUGCUGACUAAGCGUGGAGCAUCACGCAUAUUGUACCUUUACAACACUGAGCCAUUUCGAACACUCAGCCGUUGUAAUGCCCUCCUUCGUGCCUCUAACGUCGCCUUUCUCACCGAGGUUCGUUUGCCUAUGAUGUCAUCUGGAGGAGCCGACGUUUGUUGUUGAAAUAUCAAGCUUUCUUUUCUCUCGAUAUUCAAGAUGCCGUCCAGUAAUGUGUAAAACAAUUAGUCUAUUGGAAGCUGGGUGUCUGUGCGCUAUCGCUUCAUGAGAAUACAAACGACUUACAGAUACUGUUUGCGAUUGCUGCGUUUUCGUUACAUAUGUAUUGCGCUGUUAAAUAUGCUGCUGUUGUUUCCUUGUUAAUAUUUGGCUCGCAGUACUGUUCGUUUAUGUCCGAGGAGUGUAUCGUGUAAACUGUUACGUUUGUUUGUAAAGUUCGUUAUAUUCAUCUCAACAAAAACAACUAUGAAUUGUUACCUGACCCGGAUACAAAUUUUAUUGAGAGUUAAUCAAGUGUCAGCAAAUCGUGUAGUCCGAGCGCUUCAGUCUCAGAGUCACCGUUGUAUCUUUUCUCCCCUUUUACGGUGAACUUCCCUCUCCAGGCGUUUGCUUUCAAUGCGUACCAACGUUUAUUGAAAUAACCCUUCAAGCAACGCGGAACGGCAUUUGCACAGGCAAUUUUCGUCACAUUAAGCUUAAUAUGUGGAUAAAUUUUGAAGUGCGAGGUAAUCAGGUGAUGUGUGAAAAACCGUCGAAAUACCAGCGAUUGCGCCCGGGAAGGUAAUUAUGGAGCAACCAACGGUAUGGUUUUUUUUUUGCAGAACUGUCCUGCAAAUCAAGAUGAACCCUUCUGGAAAUAACAGAAUUUUUUAGGAGGAACAAGCUGUUGUCAUUUUAAAGUUGUAAGAGAUUUAUAUAUCUUUAUCCAAUUUCUUAAACUUGGUGCAAAGUAAGUCCUUGCAGAAUAUAUAAAAGACGUCUCGAAAACUCUAGUGUAUGAAGACUGCAAGAGUAAUCGAUGACAGUCAUACCGAAACGUAUGCCCGUAUUAGUUUCAUUUGCUCCUUCUGUUGUUGGAACUGUCAGAAGUGGGUUUUACAUAAGAUGACGUGCUCGCACUGAGGCUUCAUUGCCAAUUAGUCGACGCCAAAAGGCCGAAGAGCGUAAAGGAAAAACGGGGGUCCUUUAGCUCUCAACUGAGAUAUGGCACGGCCUCUGUUAGGCAUGUAUAUUGUAUUGGAAAUGGCUCGUGUCCCGAACUGCCGUGAUCGAUCAGGUUGAUCUCCUCUUUUUUUGUGGUUGUCAAAUGUACGUUCGUCCUAUUUGCAACGUUCCACCGUUGUACACAGGCAAGCACUGUGCCAUUACGGUUGUUUUAGGGGCUCUAUAAACGUACUCAUACAAUCCGAACUAGUCCGUGCUGUUUUCAGCCAAUUGUUUCCCUGUUAAGAUAAGCUGGAUACCCGAAACGUUGCACAAAUGAGGAAUUGUACCCAGUGUACGAUCCCGAAGCAAUGUUUUUUGGCUGUUUGCUACUUCGAAAUUGUUAGUUUGUAGCAGAUGGAAGGAAGGUCGGUAGACAUCAGUUAGGUAACCAGGAUUAAUUGCCAGAGUUGCCAGUUGCGCUUAUAUUUAGCGGAUUUGGUCUACUGCUUUCACCGAGUGGCUUGUAGAAUUUUCCAGUCGCUUGUCGCGGAUUUUUUUGGCUUACUCGCGUUUUUCCUGCAAUUAUAGAUAUUUUAGUGCUCUUCAGGUUUACUAAUAGGGCAUUUCUCGAUUACUUUGUUUAGUUGAGCGUUGAAAUCAAACAUACAUUUGGGAGCCAACAUGUAACUUUAUUCUUGCACUGACAAACGUGCAUUGAACAGAGUUCUACCCU